AUACAUUAUUUCCUACCAACGCUUCAAUCCUGUGUCCACAUCACAGGCCCGAAAUGCUGUUUCGCUAGAAAUAGUACAUUUAUGCUGCAACGAUCGAGAUGACCUAGCCACAUAACCCAAGGUGCUGAGGAGGUUCUCCUGCGCACGCGCUGCCUCCGCUUAUCCUGAUCGAAUCCUCGCCAUGUCGGAAACAUUGCAACCACCCAACGAUGUUGGGCGGCUGAUUAACCUCGUCCCAGUCGGUCUGAAAGAAGCAGCUAUAGACUCUCCGACUUCCCGGGCCACAGUUAUACAUUAUGGAGAACAAGUCGAGUUGCUGGAAAAAUGGCUGGACGACUAUCUGAAAGCCACGAAUCGUCUCGUGGCAGAAUCUCUUACGCUCGAGAACGUCCUCAACAGCUUCAUCUCGCACUCGGUCCUUCCACUCACUUUAUCUGAAUCGAUGCUGGACCAUGACUACAGCACCCUCGCAAUGAAGAAAUAUGGAGAAGGGGCAAAGGAUUAUUGGAUGAGUGCAGUAGGAGUUGUGAAGAAGUUGACCACUAUGGUGGCCGAUCCCAUAAGACAAUUCAUGGCGAACGAUCUAAGGGCUUUCAAAGACGUACGGCGAGCUGUCGAGGCUUCCCAGAAGACCUUCGAACACCAUCAGUCAAGAUACGCGGGGCUCGGAAAAUCGAAAGAACCUUCAUCAUUGCGGGAGGAUGCUUUUCAGUUACAUGAGGCGCGAAAGACAUAUCUUCAUGCGAUGAUGGACUUUUACAGUCUGAUUCCACAAUUCCGUUUCGCACUAGAUCGAUUGCUGGUUCAGAUCUUCUUUGAGCAGUGGAAGGAAAUGCGAGUAUCUCGAGACAACACAGCAGCAACACUUCAAAGAAGUGCAGGGGAGAUGCAGAGGGUCAGAGGAUGGCUCAACGAAAUGGAAGCUAGCGAGAGGACCUUCCGAAAGGAGCUGUUGACUGCGAAGAAACAACUGGAAGAUGCUGCAGAGUUGAGUACUCGACCCUCGAGAGAGCUGGACGACUACAGUUUGUCGACUAUUCCUCAAUUCUCGAGCCACGCUCACACGCCAAGCGGCAUCUCGCACGCUUCACCCAAGAAGAUCGCCCCAAAAACAGGUGAGAAACAAGGCUGGUUGUUCUUGCGGACAUAUGGCGGCAAACCGACCAGGACCAUUUGGCUGAGGAGGUGGGCCUUCAUUCGCAAUGGCGUCUUUGGCUGGCUUCUACAAAGUGCUAGAGCAGGAGGAGUUGAGGAGAGCGAGCGUAUAGGUGUUCUACUCUGCAAUGUUCGGCCCGCCCCUGCCGAAGAACGCCGGUUCUGUUUCGAGCUCAAAACUAACAGAAACACCAUCCUGCUUCAGGCCGAAACUCAGACCGAGCUCGUCGAAUGGAUUGGGGCAUUUGAGUUGGCAAAGUCGAAAGCGCUCGAGGAUCCAAAUGCCAACCAGAACCUUAGCGGUGGUGGAAACAUCCAAACAGGUGCGGCCUUCGCCAUCUCGGCACCUCCGAUACCCGAAUUCGGUACCUAUGUCCUUGGCUCGACUGAACCGGGCGCUGCUGGUGAUGACAUUGCAGGCUUGGAAAAGAGCAACACUUUACCGGUCCCAGGCAGCGAGGGUGUGCGGGAAAGCAGCAUCGAUAUGCCCAGGAGGUCAACUGCUGCAGACGAGGGCGGUCAUCGUGACACUGCAUCUCGCAUCAUCUCCAAGCUCGAUCUGCACAGAAAAAGCGCAGCGACGGCCCAGGUAUCUCCUACUCCUUCUACGCCCAAUCUCCCUGCCGGAGGUAUAGCGAGCCUUAUUGCAGCCAGUCAUGGAUCAAUGCCUGUUGGUCCAGCCAUUCCAAUGGUACACAACCUGGAGCUGGAUAUGAGACCACGACACACGUUCACCCUGGCUCUUCGGGACAUGCCGCCCAGUACAUUAGCGCCCGCUACCCUGGCUGCAGUGCCGUCUCCGACUAACCUGAGCAAGGCAGCUGUCAUCGUCACUGGGGAGCGUGGCCUCAGUCCUGCCCCGUACAAGUCUGGCAUUCCUACGAGUUUGAUUGCAAACUUGUGGGGUACAUCCAAUACCGGUCUCGUCAAUCGGCUUGAGCGUAGCGAACCGAAGACCCAUCCCGAGAUCAAGCUUGCUACACAACCCAGUCCAAUUCUUGAAUCGUCACCUUCACCAAAAAACCCAUCUCCCUCCCCACCCCGGAGGCCGGGUAUGCCGCAUACUGCUAUAUCUCAGCUGGACCUUAGUAUUCCCCAGAACUUUACUCGAAGCCGUACCCCGUCGCCAAGCAAAAGGCACAGGAGUACGAUCAGCGUCGACCGCGAUGCGUUCAGACACAUCAAAAGCGAGCUCCUGGUGUCCGAGUUUCCGAACUACUAUCCGCUUCAGCUGAAGUCGCAAGAUGCGCAAUUCCGACUCCUCUUUCCGGACGUCCGACGCGAUGAACGUCUGGUCAUGGUUUUCAGAGCUACCUGGAAUCCAAACGAGCAGCAGGAGUUUCCCGGGCGCGUAUACGUCACUUCCAAAGAUCUAUACUUCUACAGCAACCACAUGGGUCUUGUGCUCACUACUAGUCUGCCCCUAGGCUCUAUUGAGGAAGCCACCGCAGCACCAGGACGAGAUUGCGACUUCAUCUUCUUGCACUUGACAGAUCCUGGAAGUGAUGGCAGCAACCGCAGACUUACCCUGAAGACGUUUUUGGAACCUCUAAAACUGUUGCAGAAGCGCUUGAACUUCUUGAUCAAGAACAGUAUCUCGCAGGAACCGCUCGAAUUGGAAGAGCUAAUCAAGGCUUUGCUGAAGAUGGAAGGUGAGGGAGGUGAUCGAAGUCCUAGCCUCGAGAGCUGGGAGGACGUUUCUCCCAAUACGCCCGUCGAUACGGGUGGCUUGAGGUAUCGCGACAGAGCUUCGACUGUUGGGACCGAGGUCCGAGCACCGCUCCGUAUUGAUCGAGCUCUGCAUCAAACACAGCUCGGUCGAAGAGACUCCAAGUUCAAGCUGCCAGCUCAGCCUGUCAAAUAUGUGCCACCAGGUAACCUCCGCCUCGCCACUGAAAAGGAGUUCGAUAUCAGCGCAAAGGCGCUCUUCCACGUUAUGUUCGGGGACAAGAGCGCACUCUGGCAAUUGCUACAGCAUGAGCGCCGGGCGAAGAACCUUAACCAGGGACCAUGGUUGAGCUUAGGGGAAGGCCGGCUUCGAAGAGAGUUUGCAUUCGAUAUUCCCACAACUACCAUUCUUGGCCAAGGAGCCUGGGCUCAUGUCCGAGAUUACCAGGUCGUGGAUGUCAACAGCGACCAUUUGUGCUACGUUGUGACCGAUAAGCGGACGCCAUGGCAUCUUCCCCUCCAGGACCGAUACCGCCUCGUCAGCAAGAUCGUCAUCACGCACGUGGCAAAGGCCAAAUGCAAGCUUGCUGUGUUCAACAAGCUGGAAUGGACGAGCAACGCAGGCAUGCUUGGUGGCAUGCUGGAACGGCAAGCCUUGUACGAUCUCGAACUCGAUUCCCUCGAUCUUGCAGAUCUUGUGGCCGAUCAGGUCCGCAAGCUAGGAGCGCACAGUCGUACGAAGAAGGCGGUCCAGAUCUUUGGUCAGGUAGGCCACGCGACCGAGACAACCCAGCUAAUUGUCAAUGAGUCGGCUCUAAAUAUCGAGCUACGGAGGCCGCCAUUCCCAACGACGAUAACAGGUCUCUUGUCGCAACGCGCGGCAUCUGCUUCGCAGAGUGCCGCAGCGAUGGGUCUUGCAGCUUUGAUCGACUUUGUGAAAUGGGUCAACAAGACACUCUCGGCCAAUAAGUUCAUUCUCCUCGCUCUGCUCCUCAGCGCAUUUUACAACAGCUGGCAUACAUACCGCGACUCGCUGGGCUGGUGGCACGAGCGUCGGGCGUCCAAGUUUAUGACUCGCUUGGGUGUGUCCCCAGACGUUGUCAUGAGCCGCGCAGUCUAUCUAAGCGACAUGGAUGAAGUUCUUCACUACGAUGCCACCAUGCCGACAGGUGAUAGCAGUGCGUGCUACAGCGUAUUCUCGGACGCGCAUAAUCCCGAGGUCAUCCACGCUGGCGCCGGUAGUGGUGGGAAUGCGGACUUCCAGCAAACUCGCCAGCGAUUGGGCGUGUACCGGCAUGAUCUGCUCGUGGCCGUGCGUGUGGUGAACGGCAUCGAGAAGGAGCUUAUGCAAGCGGCUUGGGAGCAGUGGAUCGUGGAUGAGCAUCGCCGAUGCAAUGUCGUGGAGGGUCUCGUGCUGAAAGACGUCGCGCACAAUGCGACGGACGUACGUGAGGAGGUCAAGAGCUGGUAUGACGAGUAUUGUGUUAGUUGUCGCGAGGAGUAUAACAAGAUACGAGUCUGAGUUUGGUGGGCCUCUUCGUCGAUUUGCAUAUGGCGCUUCAUGGUUCAUAUUGAUACCCCUGAGAAGCGGUUGGUUUGCGUGUCGAUAGUCUAGGAUAGUGUUCCAACGAAAUAACCGUUCCAGCUCAUGUUGUUGUUUCAUGCAUUGACUACUAAAGUCUAUACCUUGUCGAAAUGGCCCAGCCGGUUUUUGAUGACUCGUCCUGUGGGCAUGCUUUCACGACUCAUUUGAGC